CUGUAAGCUUUUCACGCUCUUACCCAUUACUCACCUUGCAAGACAAAGAAGCCUCGUGUCUCUUGCCUGUACCGUCCCGAAACCACCUCUAGAAUCCAUCAAGUUCCGGCAAGGACCCUGCAACCAUGCCCGUCGUCAGCUUCGGAGACAUUGGCAAGGCCGCUAAGGGCCUGCUGGGUGGUGAUAAGCCCACUGGCACCUUCAGCUUCGACCCCAAACUGUCCGUGAGCAGCACUACCGCGUCCGGUGUUGCGCUCACGGCGACGACCGUGCAGAAGGCCGACAAGGUGGAGGCGUCGCUCAAGGCAGCCUACAGCACCAAGAAGUACUCGGUGGACGUGGCUCUGUCGCCCGACAACAAGGUCACUGCGACGGCGUCAAUCAACGAUGUCGCCCCCGGCAUUAAGCUGACCACCUCGGCUGUCCUGCCCGACCCGGCCACCGCCAAGCUGACGCUGGACUACAGCAUGCCCUACCUGGCCCUCAAGUCCACCAUCGGCCUAAACGCCUCGCCCGUGGUGGACGUGGCUGCCUCCACCGGCUACCAGUCCUUCGUGCUAGGCGCUGAGACCAGCUACGACACCGCCAAGGCGGCCGUCACCAAAUACAACUUUGCCCUGGGCUACCACGCGCCCGACUUUCAGGUGGCGGCUCACCUGACGGACCUGACCAAGACCCUGAAGCUCAUCUACAGCCACAACCUGACCUCCACCUCAACCGUGGGCGCCGAGGUGACCCGCAAGCUGGCCACCUCCGACACCACCUUCGCGCUGGCCUACGCGCGCAAGCUGUCCAAUGGCGCGCUCACCAAGCUCAAGCUGGACGGCAGCGGCGCGCUGUCGGCUCUGUACGAGACCAAGCUGCAGGGCGGCGAGAAGGUGACUGGCUCGCUGCAGCUGCAGGCCACGGACCUGUCCAAGCCAGUCAAGUACGGCUUCGCAGUGGACCUGGCGUAAGGCACCCCAGGAGGCAGCAGCCAAGGCGGCGGCGGGGGUCCGACUGGCUUGGGGGCUCGGGGGCAUGGAGCUGCCACGUUCGCGUGUGAGUGCAGGCGUGGAGCCCCUGGCGCCUGGCAGACAACUGACUGAGGCCUAUGGCGGCGAGGGCGUGUGAGUGGGUGCUUGAGCGGCUGAAGGAUGCAUGCUCAGUAGCCCGGCGUGUUUGUGUUUGCUUGCCUGUUCACUGUGCGUUUUGUGAGUGGGCUCAAUAGGCGGUGGGUUGUUAUGGGGAGGGGCCAGAGGGAGGAAGUAGCUCGUGGACGGGCUCGCCUGCUCGACUGAGUGGAGUCUUGACGGACCUGGGACACAGGCGGAUACUGCAUGCAUCCCUCACACUUCGGGUGAAGGAACUGGCACGGCUACCCAGUGUAGUUCUUCCACUGCAAGGGAUUUGGCAUCAACCUGCUACGUACGAUGCUGUUUGUUCUCUAUCGUUGCUAUAUGGGGUGCGCGACAAUUGAACCGUCUGGACGUCUGAACUGCCGAGAGAGCGGUAUCCGAACUUACGAUGUGGGACAAGGCAGCUAUGGCCGCCCAUUCGCAUGUAAACCAGUUUACAU